AUGCCGGUGGUGAAGAAGAUCUGCCCGCCGCCGCUGCACGGCGCCCCGGCCAUCUCCGCCGCGGCAGACUUCUUGGGCACGUCGGCCGCCGCCGACGACAUGGCGGCGGCGCGGCGCUUCCGCUCCUUCUCCUCCUGGAACUCGUCGCUCACGAUGGCGUGGUACCGGCACUCCAUGCUGCAGAAGGCGCGCUCGCCGCGGUACAUGAAGAUGUCCUCCCCGUCCAGCGGCCGCCGGCACAUGUCGCAGCACGACAGGAACUCCGCCACGCGGAACGCCGCACCGCCAACGCCGCCGGGCCGGGCGGACGCCGGGACGCAGCCUCUGCCGCCGCACAGGCUGGUGGCGCACCGCCCGCUGCACCCGAGCUCCGACACCUCCAGCCGCGCCGCGCGCCGCGGGAUGGACACCCUCGGCACCGCCAACGCGGCGGGCUGA